AUGCAAUCCGCCGAGCUACAGUGCGAAGCCUGCAACGCUUCGUUUCGCCGACGCGAGCACUAUCAACGGCACAUCCGUACCCAUACCAAGGAGAAACCCUUUGCUUGUGCCGAGUGCGGUCAAAGUUUUAGUCGAGUAGACUCUCUUGCCCGACAUUAUGACACGGUGCAUACAUGCCCCGCUGGUGGUGACCAGCCCAGUGAGCGACGCCGGGUAGCGCAGGCAUGCAAGCGGUGCAAUCUGUCCAAAGUGCGUUGUGAUGGUAAUCAACCGUGCCAGAGGUGCCGAACACAUGGUGCCGACUGUUUCUAUCAGACGCCUCAGAAGCGCAAGCUCGUGAACUCUGCUUCUGCGACAUGCCCCAAAAGGCACCGCGGCACCGAUUCAAAUCAGGGUUCACAGUCUACCCCGUUAUAUGAGGAUGGGAUGUCGACCCAAUUUUCAGGAGUCGGCCUACCAUCAUCACCGGUCACCCAGGCAGCCGCUCAGACGCAAGUAGUGCCGCCAGUAAUAAUGUCCAGAGAGGUGGGAAAUGCAAAUAUGUUGACACUGCCCGGUAACCCUACUACUCCAGUCGCUGCGACCGAAGCGAAUAGCCCGAGCAUGUUUUACACUGAUGUAAUGGGAUUCGAAAGCUUCCUAGGCAUCGAUGUUGAUACCAGCGUGCUAUCCAAUAUCUUUGAUCAGACCCCCCCACUGGAUGAACUUAACGAUAUAUGGCUGGCAAGCGCGGAUACGGCAGUGCAAGCCCCUUUAAAUCCGGUCUCAAGGGCGCCUGGACCAGUUACCCCAUUGACACCAACCGCGGUUGCAGAAACCUACAGUCGUAGCCACUCCCCCGAGUCCGACGCGGCUAUGGAACCAAGACGGUAUCACCCGACUAGCACCGAUGUCGAUGUGCAGCUGUCGUUUCCCAACAUGGAGAGCCUGCCAAUUGAACAAGUGGAAGAAGAGAACUUUGCUCACGUGGAUGAGGUACCUGCUACAGUUCUGGAGGAAGUAGUUCGCCUGGCUGAAGUCAUGGAAAACACCCCUACCUUUCCGCGAUUUACGGAACUACGAAUCCCGUCCUUGCCGGUGAUAAAUUCCUGGGUGCAGCUCUAUUUUGAGCACUUUCAUCCGGUAUUUCCUGUGCUCCAUAAGCCAACCUUUUGUACCCCAGAGACGCAUUGGCUUCUUAUAUUUACUGUAAGUGCCAUAGGCGCUCAAUAUUCAGGUCUGCCGAAUGCGCAAACAUGCUCUAGAGCCAUGCAUGAGAUGAUCCGACGUCAGUCUCUACACCUGUGUGAAAAUUAUAAUCGAAAUGCUCGGGAGCUGUGGUUUGUGCUGGUCCUACUCCUCAACCAGUUGGGAUUGAGGUACUCUGGCGAACGAAGGGCCCUGGAAGUUGCUGAAGUAUAUCAGGCAAUUCCAGUUACUGUUGCACGACGUAACCGGUUGCUCAAAAGUACCGUGUCGCUCCACAAGAUCCUCCAGCUGAAGGUUCCCAUGGCCCAGAAAUGGCCGAUUUGGACAUUUGACGAGCAGCGGCGACGCACAGGCUUUGCCAUCUGGCUGUCUGAUAUGGCAUUCCAUACUCACUUAGAUUUGUCCUCUGUGAUACAGAUCGACGAAAUGCAGAAUACCCUUCCACAAACAGAAGAUCUCUGGGAAGCGUCGACCGCCCCGGGCUGGGCGAGUUUCCCGUCACGUAUAGGAAACGCUCCCCUAACUAUAGGGCAUAUCACUACGGACAGGAGUUGGUCGGUGGCUUGGUUCAAAACCGGGACUCUCGGAAAACAAGUCAUUCUCCAGCUUUUGCUGAAUGCUAUCCAUGAUUUUGGCGGACUCCACGAGCUCACCACGUCCUCCAUGGCUAGGAAUCAAAUAGAGGGUGAAUUGAAACAUCUCCUGGAUAUUACAGAAAAGGAAGUCGAGCUCUCCAUCACUGAACUCAAAGCCUGCGUGGCUCACAGGCUCAUCAUUCUCUAUGCCCUCAUGAUCAACAAUCUUCCAAAAAUGCUUUUACUGCCUGCAGCACUGAAGAUCAAAAGUCGGCAUUGUAACGAGGUCGAGCGAGCCAAAUUAAGAGGUGACUGGGACGCUGCGCCAGGACAAGGGCGACUGGCCGUUUUCUAUGCAGUGCGGGUGAUCGAAACCGUGCGCUCUCAUUACUGCGCCCACUUUUCUACCCCCGUCAUCUUUUUUAGGGCUACAUUGACCCUAUGGAUAUACUCUGCGCUUUACAGCCCGCCUUGCGGUUCCUCUGCCCCGGCUGAAGCGCCAUCUAUUGCCCUUCGUGCACCGCACUGGGGCGGUGCUCACGCCACCCGGUGGAUUGACUCUGGAUGGGGUCGUGUCAAACUGCCCGGGAUCGGUGACUUCAUGUCUUCACAAGGCCGCGUCAAGCUCUUAGAUGAGGCAAUCUUGAGCUUCAGAACGAUAAGGUUCUGGGGAAUUAGUAAGAUCUACGAGCAAGUGCUGGCACGGCUCCGGACUUAG